AUGAACGGUGCCUUUUUCACUCCUUCGUCGCACAACCACCACCACCACCAUGGGCACCGCAGUCGGAGCAGCAAUUCGGACCCCGACGCAGGCCCGGAUACAAUAGACGGCAUACCGCAAACACCUGCAAACAUCACAGUACCUGUCCCAGAGCAGAGUACUUCGGCGAGCCGGUUGUCGGUCUCGGACAAUAGAGCGUCCGGUGCUGAUGGCCUGCCGUCCUUUACCGAAGCGACCGGCGCACCAGCUUCAAACGUAGCCUCAGAGGUGGCAUCCAUCAACCCAGCUCCCACGCCCGUUUUGGACAGCCGCGUCGUCCUCCGCGUAGGCGAGAAGCAAUUCUUCACCACGCGCGCCACUCUCGCCGAGAGCCAUCUCCUCACGGCGCUGCUGAGCACCGAGGCGACGCAAGACGGCGAGUACUUUCUCGAUGCCGACCCCGACAUGUUUAGCCAAUUGAUGCGGUUCCUGCGCACGCGCCGCUUCCCGCUGUUCUACGACCAGGCGUCGGGCUACGACACGGCCAAGUAUCUGGAGCUGCUGGUGGCGGCGCAGUUCUACCAGAUCCCCACGCUGGAGAUGUGGCUCACAGAGGAGCGCUACCUGGGCGCCAUGAACAUUGUGUCAGAGUACAAGAAGUAUAGGCUGUUUGGAACCGACCAGAUUACGCGGAUGCAUGAGCUCUGCUGGGACAGAGAGGAGCAGGGCCGCGUCCUGACCAUAUCGGAGACGAGAGGCAAGGCGCAUGCAUGCCCGAAGAAGUUCUGGCGGCAUGAUGGCGAUCAGGGGAAAUGCAUGAAGGCGAGGUGCUUCCAGCUGCGCUCCAGCACCACGGUGCCUGCUCCUUUAAACAAUGUCGUGGUGAUGCGACUUGUCGAUAUGACUGCGCUCGUGACAAAGGCAGAAAUUCGCGAGAGUGUCUUGUCGGCGGGUGCGUAUCCUGAUGGACCACCCCCGUAUGAGAACGGGGGCGACGAAUGA